AUGCCGCACGGGGCGAACGAGGAAAUGGGCGCACGCCCAAGCAACUCGUACCCGCGUCUAAACCCAAAGCUCGUGACCCACAGGGAAGAAAUUGUGAGCGCUGGCGAGGAUGAGCCACAGCCAGCACCGUCUCCCGCCACACCGUCGCUGAAAAGAACAGCAAAUCCUGCGAAAAAGCUGAGCGGGAAAAAGACAUCAACUCAUGUGGUUUCUGCACGGAAGAUGGAGCGGCCGUCGGCUCGGAACGUCUCCGUGGGUUCUGCUAGUAACUCUAAUUUGUUGCGCUCCAACUCACUUGCGCGGCCGUAUGGUCAUACCCACUCGGCGGUGAAGAACUCCACGGAGAAGAAUAUCCUUCCCGACGCGCGGCGUGAAGGGCCCGCAAAAAUGGAGAGAGGAAGAAGCUUCGGUUCUUCUUCCGUUCCUCCGUCUGCAUCAAUUGCCAUGAGAGGUUCCAGCAGCUUUCAUGGCGGUAUUGGACGCAUGACACCGCACAGGUCAAUCUCACACGGCAGACAGGAGUCCGGUCGAAGCACAUCAGGGAAAUUGAUGAAUAUCCCAAGUUCACCACGCAUAAGUUCAGCACGCGAAGCAAAUAAAUUUCCCACACCAUCUUCAGCCCAGCGUAGGAAAAGCACUGACAGUGGAAAAUUAGGGAUUUUCUCCAGAUCCAAAAUUUCAGAGCAUGCGUAUGUUUUACAAGUUGUCGAGAAACUCGGCAACGCAAAAGUUGCCUAUGAUCAUGUGCCACGCUGUGCGCAGGAAAUCCCUGCACGCUACAGGCAACAAUUGUCACAGUCACUGCCACCGCUAACGUCCGAUAAUUCAACCUCUUUACGCAACUCUGAGUUGAGGGGUAAGAGCUCGCCUCGUAAGACGACAUGCAACACGCCGACUGUGUUGAAAAGUGGCGUGCCGAGUCGUUCCUUUCCGACUAGCGGCGUGUCUCGCAACCAGAUGGCCAGUAAUGAACAUGGUGGCGUUGACGCCCAAAGGACCUCUGAAGUGUUGGAUAGGAAACCCUCAUUGAUUACAGCCGCUUCUCCUCCGGGCAGCCGCGAUGUGUUGGCACAAGGGAAAAAGAAAAACUCUUUGGGCGCCAUGAGUCUCUCAUCGCAGGGUAAAGGAAGGAAUUUGGUUCAAAAAACAAGGGAAAAAACAAUGCAACGCAAAUCAGUUAUUGGACUUGAACGGAUGCUGCUGUUCGAUACUGAGCCACCGCGGUUAUUUGCAUAG